AAACUUAAAAACCAAAAUAGAUAAAUAAAAUGUCUUCGUUAAAAGUAAAUUUUGAUUCCAAAAGGAACAAGGCUCAGUCGAAGGUAAAUUACUAUGACUCUGAAAAUGGGUUGAACCCUCAAACCCAGGUUCGCUUUACCAACAACAUAAGGCCCCAGCAAUCAAAUACGUAUUGGGACAAGCAGAACGACAGCUUGAAUGAGUCCUUCCCAGAUGUGAAGCAUAACGAGCAUUUUGAGUGAACUGCUGAAAACUUAAAGAAGAAGAUGACUGCGAGGACAAUGCAGAAGUAACAUACUGAAGGAAGAGGAAGACGGACUCACAGCGGUGCUCAACAAAGUUUAUUUCCAUGCCUGAUGCCCUUAUUUCUACUUCUUCAUUGCCAUCUUCUGCACCUUUAUGAUUUUAUGGGUCAUUAUUCAAGGAAAAGAGGCAAUCCGGACUUUUGUCUUCAAAGCCUUUGAGGUCUUUAUAAACCUGUUUAUUUUAGGAGACAUUGCUUGAAAGAUCUUCUUGAUUGGCUGCGAAGCCUAUUUCAUAAAAUUGAGUAACAUCUUAGAAUUUUCCAUUGGUUUAGUUUGAGUUCUGAUAUAUUUCUUGUAUUAUCUCUCAACUACCUUCGAUCGGGUAGAUUACAAUGAGCUACUUGAGAAUGUUGUCUUCUGAUGAUGGUGAAUCUGGCAGAUUUUUAGGAUAGUUACACUCUUUUACAAGCAAAGAAAAGCUUCAAGGACAGAAGCUGAUAAUAUUUCUUUCUCUAAAUUUCAUGAUGAGAUUGAUCAUAACAGCUUUGUCGAAACUACUUCGAGGAAAGAGAGUAAUCAUAAGAAGUCUAUUGGAUUCAAAGCACCCAAAGUCUCUAGCAGAUCUUCAAGUAUCAGAGCUGAUAACAAAGUGUCACAGUCUUUGUGAGAGUAAGGCUAGAAUAAACUUGUAAUAAAAAUCACCCAAUUUCUACCCUAAAAUUUCUAAAAUCUUUCCUCCAAAUUUAAAUUUUAAAAGCUUCUCUCAUACUUUUGCUUAUGAUAUCUU